AUCGAUUCGGGGAGUCGGAUCAUUCAGUUUACCUCAUCAAAAAGAGCCGAAUCUUUAGAAUGCCAAAAAAAAUCGUUUCCAUUUUUCUCUAAUCCCUGCAAGGUUUAUGACAUUUUCCAUCUUUGUAGCCUGUGAAGUUUUUUUGUCAAAGUAACGAGUCUCUAUCUAAACUAAAAUAAGUAUAUGAGACGACUCAUAUGCGACUCAUUUGCGAGUCGCCUGUCAAUGCUGACGUAAAAGAGCCAAAUCGACACUGUGAAGAAUCACUUUCAAACCGAUUGGUUAGUUGAGACACCUGUGUGGUAAUCUGCCUUGUGGAAAGUUCUGGAAAUCAUCCAAUAUGACGCGUCUACUUUUGAUUUCUCUUCUAGCUUUAGUUUUUAAAUCCUGCAUUUGUGAGGAUUGGUGCUACCAGUCCCAGAUGUCCUGUGAACAGCCUUGCAAAGGGCCAGCAGCUUGGAAUGAGGUGAAUGCUGUUUGUGGUGGUAACAAACAAUCUCCCAUCAACAUAGUGACCAAAAAGACUAAGAUGGAUGCCAGUCUUACCGCAUUCAAAUUCACUGGUUACAGUGAGCUGUUUACCAGCAAUUUGAAGAAUAACGGGCAAACCGUUUUUCUGGACAUUCCUUUAGGGGCCACUUUGAGUGGGGGAAAUCUCUCGAACACCUAUAAAGCUGUCCAGUUGGAUUUCCACUGGGGCAGCAGUAGCAGCCCUGGGUCUGAACACACCCUUGAUGGAGACCAGUAUCCCAUGGAGCUGCACAUCCUGCAUAUAAAGGACAAAUACAUUACAGUAGAUGAAGCACUGAGUGACCCAACUGGACAAGCAAUUUUAGGAUUCUUCUUUGAGGAGUCAGCCACUGAAAACAAGGAGUAUAGAGCCUUCAUUGCAGCUCUAACUAAUGUGCAAGAUGCAGAAAGCCAGACAGAUCUUGACAUCUCCUUGAACAAACUGAUCCUGUCUGAGACGAAGCUGAGGGACUACUAUCGUUAUGAAGGCUCUCAAACCAUCCCGGGCUGUUCUGAGACAGCGAUCUGGACCAUGUUUAAGGAGCCUAUUCCACUUAGCACAACUCAGCUUGCGGCCUUUUUCAACCUGAAGUCUAAAGAUGGUAAGCCAUUGGUGAACACAUUCAGACCAGUGCAGCCUCGUAAAGGGCGGGUUGUGUAUAGAUCCCACUCUGGUGCAGCUGAAUCUGCUGUAGUGUUCAGCUUCACUCUCGUUCUGUUGAGUGUAAGUACAACUCUGAGCUGUAAUCAACUCUACUAGAGUCGAGCUUGAAGACUCAAAAUUCCUCAAAACAGCCCCAUUGUCAAAACUAGAGAACCAAAAUUAUUGAACACAGAUGAUAUGUUAUGAAAGUUUUUAAAUGUUUUAUUUGUUCUUAUGAGUGCAGGAAAGGAAAAAGUAGUUGAAAGGAAAAAGUUUUUUGUCCUUUUUUGUGGGUAUGUUCCUGUUCACAUUGUUCAUAUUUUCAGAAUUGUUUUAUUUUGUUCUUUUGUUGAGGAUGCUUCCUGUUUGUCAAAUAGAUAUUUAUAAAUAGAUAAUUAUUUUUGAAUAUUUAUAAACAUUAUUAAUAAUACCCGAUUAAUAGUCAACUGAACAUACUUUUUAUAAGUACUUUAAUAUCAAUUACAUUUCAUUCCCUAACCCUUGUAUGGUGUUCGGGCCUGUGGGACCCAUUUUCAUUUUUUUAUCAAUUUUUUAAUUUAUAUUUUAUAAUUUUUUUCACAUUUAUAUUACAUAAAGGAUGUUCGGGUCCACUGGACCCAGGGCUAAAACGAGUGUGGAAAUUGUCAGUCCUGUGUACCUGUGAACUGAUUCCAUCCAGAAAAUGAUUCUGGAUUGCACUAAAAACAAAAAUACGAACAUCAUACAAGGGUUAAUAGACUUGUGCAGUUGUUCAGUUGUAUGGCCGAUUUAAAAAAAAAAAAAAAAGGAAAGUCAUGGCAUUGUAGAAUCCAGCUUGGUGGCUUUGUUUGCCAAAGAAAAUGAAAAAAAAAAGUUUUUUGUAUUAAUGUUGAAUAAAUGUUUUACAGAUGCAAAAAAAAACCAAAAAAACACUUUGGUAUUUAUUAAUAAAAAUUAUUUGUUUGCAAACUG